GCAGGAGAGGGCAGGGAAGAGUGAGGAAAAGGAAGAGCAAUAGCAGGGGAACGUGCAGCCAACGUCAGCUGCCCGCUCUAGGCCAGUGCGUAAUGACGUUUGUCAGAUACUGGUAAGCAACAUAGGCACAUGCAUUUGCGCGCAUGCGCAUUAUCGGCAAUCCCACACAGGAUAAAAAUGAACGCGCAUCCCCCGCCGAAACAGAACACGUCACGCAUGCGUCGGCGGCUUCGCAUUUUCUUCUCAAGCGUGCGCAGCCACCCGUCAAGAUCUGAAGGUUGUCAUAGCAAUCGAAUCGCACAUGCUUCUGCGCUGAACCAGGUCGCACUGUGCUGAUGCUCCUGAUCGCGAUCGUCGGCUAAUCCAUGCCACACUAUGUGACAGAGAGGACGUCACACCCGUUUGGGAGGAGUCUCAACUACAUAUAGCCCACGUAAUUGCGCGCAUGGUGUUAGGACUAGUGCAGGCAGCUCAUGAGAAUACCCUGCAUAAUAAGUCUGUGAGUCUCAGGCUGCUUCAUGAUCUACUGCCGAACUUCUCGCGGAGCCAGGAAGUGAGAUCAGCGCCAGCGAGCACCCAGUCAAUGGUGCAUCGCAUGCGCACCGUCGAGCACGCCAGUCCUUUGCACACCGUUGGUGCAGAGGAGAGCUCAGUGCAAGUGCGCAGACCAAACAAUUUUGUAGAACCAUCUAGAUCGAGGGAUGUAGAAACGCCCCUGCCCUGGGUUACAAGUGCGUGGCCUGUAAACCUCCUGGGAGCUCACAGAGUCCAGAGAGCCCCCAGGACGCCGCGCCACACGCGCGAUACGCAAGGCUGACCCCGUGAGCCCAGAGGAGGCUCAGCGCGCAGCGCCUCGCAAAACCAGGGCGAGGGGUCGUCUUCUGCGCCCCCGGACCAGACGAACCACGCACGGCAUGCACGUCUGCCUCCGACAGUCUCUCUAUCAGUGCAGCCUGCGUUCUCGGAGGGUCGCCGAGAUUCUUCUCUCUCCGCGACUUGCCUCGGGGGCGCCAGAGGAUGGGGGGGCGGGCGGCCCGGCCCAGGGAGGUAUGCAGCACCGCGCGCGUGUCCAACGGGGCUCCGAGUCAGAUGCCCCCGCUGCGCCACACGCCGCUCGACCAUCCGCCCCCCCCCUCCUGGCCGCCCCCGAGGGAGGAGCCCGGGCGCUCACAUCACCGCGCAACUGCCGGUGCACCGCUCCGCGCACGUCUGGGGCGCCUGCUGGCCGCCGGAGCGCGCCGGGCCGGCCUGCGGCACGUCGUCGCGGCUGUACUUGUCAUGAGCUGUCUCAUGACCGGCGCGAGCUGCUCCGUCAAGCUAUUCUGGGCGCACGUCUCGUAAUCGGGACACUUCGCCACAAGACCUGCAAACUCCGUCAGCAGCUGGAACGCGCGGCUUUCAGAGUAGGUUUUCUGGCAAGGGGGCCCGAAGCAGAAGACCAGGGUGCCCCCCAUGUCCUUGAGGCAACAGACGCUGCCCUCCUGCCACAAGAGGCGGAUCUUCUGCCCAGGCUCGAGCUUAAUCCUUGCCGCCUUCAUGAACUUCUUGAAGACAUCCUCGAUCUCAUCCUUCUUCUGGGACGUGGGACAGUGAUAGGUGGCCAGCAGCGUGUCGCCGGUCGGCUUGUUCAGCCGCCCGACGCCCAGGAAGGGCAGCGGGAUGGCCUCGUCACUGCCGGCCAUGGCUACAGGCGGGGGUGGCUCGGGAGGGCAGGCGCUGCGGCCCACAUGGCUGCGGUUGUGCCUGUCUUGACGUCU